ACUAUAAAUAAAGAAGUAUUUCUCUUUCUUUUUCUUUUCUUUUCUCCUUAAUCUCUUUUCUUUUUCUUUAAUAGCAAAAGAGAAAAAAAAAAUGAGCGUAGAUCAAUCCAUGAUGAAGCAGGCGGAUGUAGAAGAGAGUGGUAUACAAAAACAUAUUCGAUACUGGGAUAAAAAGAAUAAAGGCUAUAUAACACCUAUCGAUACUAUCCAUGGUUUUAUGUCCUUGGGUUAUGGUGUUAUCUUUAGCGUCGCGCUUGGUACAGUCGCGGGUAUCUUCUUGUCUUUCUUGUCUCAAACAAGCUGGUUGCCAGAUCCUUUCUGUCGCUCUCCUGUAAGUAACUUGGUUCGCUUCAAAAAACAAACAUCUGGUGCCUAUGAUCAAAAUGGUGUGUUUGAUCCAGAAAAGUUUGAAGAGCUUUAUCACAAGUAUGCUACCUCUGAUGACUACAUUACAUUCGCUCAAUUCAUAAAGAUGACAAAUGAGCAAGAGAAAUUAGGGUCUAACGUUAGAUCAUGGAUGAUUGGUUUUAUCGAAUUAUGUACUGCUUAUUUCUUUAUCGGUGAUCAUGGUAGCCUAGCAAAGGAAGACGUACGUGCCGCAUAUGAUGGCACAUUAUUUUAUCGUCUUGAAGAUAACAGUACUGUACAACGUAAACAAAACACAGUUCGUCCUCUUCCCCCCUUAGCUGGAAGCUACUUGCUUUCAUCUCAAAAUAGAAUCAUGCGCUUCGUUAAAGGUGAACUACAUUCCUUAUCAAGCUCUGUUUCUAUCACAAACGCUAUUGUGCGUGAUUGGGCGGCUUAUUUGCAAGAGAACACAAUAGCUAUAAAAAACAAUAGCAUAUAUCGUAUUCUCAAACGUUCCUUUAUCCCCAUGAUUCAGGGUGUAACUUCUCCUAAGCCUGAAGCGAUCUUUGGCAACAAGAAGAAUAUUAUUGUUGAAGAAGAGGAAAAGCAGGAUGACACAUUCUCUCAUCUCGCUGGUGUUGUUCAAACCGAAACUUCUUUGGAGGACUCUACUUCUCUCCUUCAUGGACUUUGCAUCGAUGAUUUUACUAGUAGUAAUGAUGAUUCAGAUAUUUUUCGUAAUAUGACCAAGGAGAACGAAGAGAUCGGUAUCUAUGUUAUCAACAGCAGCGACGAGAGAUUUAUGAAUGGAUUCUUGCGUACAGAUAAUGAUACGGACUGGCUUCAGGAGGGCUUCACUGGCAUUAAGAAGGAUGAUAGGUUAGUAGACGUCGUGUCUGAGAAAAUGCAUGAUUUUACAGAUGAUGAAAACAAAAAACAUGCCACGGAGAAUCAAGAGGAAGACCAACAACAAGAGGAUCAUGCUGAAUCGUCUGUGAAACAUGUGACAGUUGCGGAACGUGAACUAGUUGUAGAACCUACUGUAGAACCUACUGUAGAACCUACUAUAGAACCUACUAUAGAACCUACUGUAGAACCUACUAUAGAACCUACUAUAGAACCUACUGUAGAACCUACUAUAGAACAAGUUGAUGAGGAUGAAGAGAUAGCAGUUACGCCCCCACCUGAUGAAGCCUCUGAAAAGAAGGAUGCUCCCCAAGCAACCGUAAUUACCCAAGAAAAGAAGAACUCUGAACCUGUUCAAGGCAAGAGGACUAAUAAUAAAAAGAAGAAGAAGAAGCACAAUCAAGCUGGUCAUGUCUCGCCAAUAACAAGUGACUCUGGCAAAGAUUGACUAUCGACUCGAGCAUAGUGUAUAUAUUUGUUUACCUGUGACAAACAAAAUUUAUAUAACCAUCAAAGGAAAUAAAACAUGUAUGCCCUUACUGUUUGCUUGUUCUUUCUGUCAGUUGACACUUGACACACAAUCUAUCUGUGACAUCAAGUAUCUUACUUGUUUAUUGUAGAGUGUACAGGUUUAAUCAUAUGCCACAUACGGAAAACUAUACUUAGCAUGUUUUGUUAUUAUCUUAAGCCACAAAAUAAUAUGCUGUUGUGUAUUGUUGCUACUACUAUU